AUGUCUCUCGACCGUUCCAUUCUGGAGUAUCCUGUGCCACUAACGACGCAGACUGAAAUCGCAAAUCGAUUCUGGACCCCUGGGCAUGUACCAGUCGAGUACCUUCGGCUAUACUUCCAGUACUAUGCUGAGCAAUGCCGGAUAGUCUUCCAGUCCCACAAAAUGCGGUUACCUCUAAAACAGCACCAGGACCUUGUUGAAAUCACGACUCAUAUCCUGGGCAAUGCCAGUCGCUCCGAUAUUAAGGAACGACUUAUUGGAAAAUACGACGCCGCUGACGGGACGUUGGACGAUGCGCUGGAUGCCUCCAUAGACCUUGCUGUCCGACUUGUCUUCAUGUUAGAUGUCGGCGAGUUCCCCAAUGCCUUCUCUGGCCGACGAAAGCUGGUUUGGCUGUGCGGCCCAAUCCAGGAGUUCAUGCAGCAGACAUUCCCUGUUCAGCGCAAGCUCAGUCACAGCGGGCUGAAGCUGGGUAGGGAUUUCAACGUUUCCAGCAUGGUUCGGAUUGCGGGCUUCAACAUCGAACUGACUACGAACCUGGCAGACCACCUCCGUCUGCGAGAUGCAGAUAGAACUAUCAUGAUCUUCCACCACGCGUCGUUCCUGAGAAGUCAACAACAAUCAUCAUUCUUUCCCACGCAUUUCAUCGACGAGACUCUAGCGACGCUUGCUCUUCUUUUUCCACAAGGAGACCGGGCCUGCAAGAAGUGGUACAAUAAACAAGACCAGGUCGACGAUCUUGACCACGGUGUGCUCAACUGCGGCUCGGCUCAGAGACGUAUUGAUACAUAUCGUUACUGGCACGACCGGCUGGUGAUGCUGAAAGAGGAAUUCGACGAGUCGCGCCCAUCAACUCUUUCCCAGUGGUGGAACGACCGGCGCGAGGGAACGCAGUGGUAUACGCUCUGGGUAGCCAUUGUCUUGACCCUUCUUUUCGGCCUCAUUCAGUCUAUCGUGGGGGCAAUGCAGCUGUACAAGGCAUAUUAUCCUUGA